AUGUCCAAUCCCUGUUAUAUCCCACCAAGUCUUUACACUACUUUGGACAAUCUCAAUAUCUCACGUAUUACGGUCGCUGGACACGAAGAAUUUCCCGUGGCACCUGAAAGCGAUAUUAACGUCAACCACUGGGCUAUUUACCUCGAAGUCACUGAAGGAGGGCAUGUUUGCCUUGACAUGAUACCGACCUCUUCUACUGGCGGACUUGCAAAUUUGGCCGUUAGUCGACUUCCAACCAGACCAAGUAAUGUCGUUAAGACGGUCGAGUUUCCUACCGAUAUUGGGCUUUCGGUUAAAAGGGUAAUUGAACGCAUCGAAGGAGAGCGCUAUCACAUUUAUCGAUACGGAAACGAAAUGUUAGAGUGCAGAUAUUGGGUCUACGUGGUAUGGAUCAAUUAUUUAAGGCCGGGUGGAUCACUGGUACCUCGACCGUCUGUGAUCUUGUAUCACGAUCAUGGACAGCCGGCGGCACACGACUACAGAAGUCUCCGCCGAUGA